UCUCAUCAGUAUUUUGAUUGACGCAAUCGUACACCAUUAGUGCACAUAAAUGUAGUGAAUUAAACGCAAUUAUAUUCUAUUUCCACUAAUUAAAUUUGCGCGUCGCGAACCUCAUAUCAUUCUGCGACGUGUCGUCCGCAUUAAGAACAAAUUUUUAACAACAAAGAGCUCCAGGAUAGCGAGAAAAUGACUCUUGAUGGGAACAAGGACGAGGCAGAAAAAUGCAUAGCAAUUGCUCAAAAUGCACUAACGGGAGGUAACUUUGAGAAAGCCGAGAAGUUUUUGUUGAAAGCCGAACGGUUAUACCCUACUCCGUUGGCUAAAGAGCUUUUAGCUCGCGUUAGGGCCGCGGGGCCGUCAACAGGAGCCCCGAAACGGACUCCACCUUCGAGCCCUAGUACUGAGGAAGUUAGGAGGCGAAAGACGCCUGCUCACCAGGUUCCGCAGAGGGAAUACACUCCAGAACAGCAGGAAGCAGUGCGCCGAGUCAACAAAUGCAAAGAUUUUUACGAAAUCUUGGGUGUGUCCAAGGAGGCGACGGACUCCGACAUAAAGAAAGCCUACAAGAAGCUGGCUUUGCAGCUCCAUCCCGACAAGAACCACGCCCCAGGAGCCGCUGAGGCAUUUAAGGCAAUAGGCAAUGCAGCAGCCAUAUUAACAGAUGCGGAGAAACGCAAGCAGUACGACUUGCGCGGCGAGGAGGCGACGCACGCGCCGCAAACCCACCAUCAAUACUACGCGCGCGGGUUCGAAUCCGACCUCACCGCCGAAGAACUCUUCAACAUGUUCUUCGGAGCGACAGGUAUGGCGGCGUUCCCUGGUGGUGGCCCGACGGUGUACACGCGCCGCCGCGGCCGCCAGCCCGAGACCCGCGAGGCGCACGCCGGCCUGGUGCAGCUGCUGCCGGUCCUCGUGCUGGUGCUGCUCAGCAUGAUGUCAGGGUACUUCAUCAGCGAGCCGGUCUACAGCCUCGCGCCAAGCUCCAAGUAUCCCGUUCCUAGGGAGACUGUUAAUCAGAAGGUACCAUACUACGUGAAAGAAAACUUCCACACUGACUACCAGGGCUCACUGCGCCGGCUCGAGCUGGCCAUAGAAGAGGAGUAUAUAGUGGGACUUCGCCACGCUUGCCAAAGAGAGAGAAACUACAGAGACAGUAUGGUGUGGAAAGCGAGGAACUUCGGAGACUCCAGGCAGUACGCGGACGCACAGAAACUGCGCACGCCCUCUUGCGAGAAAUUACAGAAGUUCCAUCGAUAAAAUGUAUAAUAUAAUAUCGAUAUAUCGAUAAACUUCUAUCGACACGUAGACAACACUAUCACUGUUAAUUUAUUUUGUAUUUAUUCUCCGUUGUUAUUAAUUUUGUGGACAAAUUAUUAUUAUUACAUCGAAAUGUGAAUUUU